AUCUCUUCAUCUCAUAAAAUACUCGCGUAUGUGAUUUUUCGCGAAUAAUGUUGCGGGAGUGUGAAGUGUGAAGAAGAAGAAGAAGAAAAAGAAAAAGAAAAAGAAGAAGAUAACGAGAGGAGGAAGGAUAUUGAUUCGAUAUAUGCGCAAGAAUUGGCGCAUUAAUACAAAGUGUGUGGUGAUCCUGUUUUGUUUCCUGUUUUGUUUUGUUUAUUUCGGUUUGCUAUCCCUCGGAGAGAGCAGUGGUGUCGGUUAAUAAUCGUGCUACUUCCGUCGCGUAUUCUCUCUUCACGGGAAAAUAAGGAAGCGGAGGCGGGCAGAGUGAGUUCGGCGAAACGCCGAGACAAAGCCGGACUCUCGCCUCCCGAAGCCGACGCCGAUAACGAGAGGACGGAAAAAAAGACACUCGAAGAUCGGCCGAUCGGAGGCUCGAGCUAAUCCGCAAGCCGAGCGCAAUAAUGCCGCACGUCAGCAGCAGCGGCGGUGGCGAUGAUCUCGGAAGCGAGGACGAGGUCAAAGUUUUCAAGGAUGAGGGCGAGGACGAGAAACGAUCCUCGGAGAACCUCACCGAGGAGAAGAGCUCCCUCAUCGAUCUCACGGAGUCGGAGGAAAAAGGAUCACUUCCCGGAGGCAGCUACUCGACGGGAAAGACGACGGCCAGGUCGGACCUCAGCCCCGUUUACGGAAAGGUGGACCCUACCCCACAUACCUCAUCGUUCAACAUGGGCUACCUCGUAUCACCAUACUCUUACCCAAACGGCGCUGGAGGACACAUCCCCGUCUCUAUGGCGAGCAAGAUGGGCCUGGCCGGCACUCACCCGAGUGGUCUACCCUUCUUUUGCCCUAACGGUGAUCACCUGUCUCAGCCACCCCCGGCACACAUGGGGAUUCCACCCUACGGCACGCUGGACGUGAGCAAAGCGGCCGCGGCCGGUGAGUAUUGGCCACCACACGGCCCAUCCACACACCCCACGCACUGGAAACGACUCCUUGCCGCAGCAGCCUCCACAGGUCUGGCGAGGGCGCCGAUAUACCCCUUUCCGACUGGCCAAUACUCAUACCCGAUGCUCAGUCCGGAAAUGACGCAAGUCGCCGCAUCCUGGCACACCCCGAGCAUGUAUCCCAUAUCUCCUGCCAGCGCUGGAUUUCGGAGUCCCUAUCCAACGGGAUUACCGAUCACCAGUUCAAGCUUACCAAGCGAGCUGUACAGAUUUUCACCAACUGGCCUCAUGCCUCCGCAUCCUGGACUCAGUCCGCACGCACACGCGUUGGCCUCGCAUCCGCUGGUCUCUUCUGCCCCGAAGCCGGACCAUUCUACCUUGGAUCACAAUCACAGGUCUACGAUAGAUCAGAAAAAUUCAACAUCGUUAGCAUCAGAUAACACAAAAAAUCAAGAUACGGGUCAGCAAAAUAAUCAAGAUAAAAAGAAACCUCAUAUAAAAAAACCACUCAACGCAUUCAUGCUCUACAUGAAGGAGAUGAGGGCGAAGGUUGUAGCCGAGUGUACGUUAAAGGAGAGCGCUGCUAUUAAUCAAAUAUUGGGAAGACGAUGGCACUCGCUAAGUCGGGAGGAGCAGGCGAGGUAUUAUGAGGCUGCCAGACAGGAGCGCCAUCUUCACCAACAGCGCUACCCUGGCUGGAGCGCGAGGGAUAACUACGGAUAUGGAAGCAAGAAGAAGAAGAGGAAGAAAGAGCGCUCCGCAGAUCCCACCGGAGGUAAUAACAUGAAGAAAUGUCGUGCCAGGUACGGACUAGACCAACAAAGUCAAUGGUGUAAACCUUGCAGACGUAAGAAGAAAUGUAUCAGGUAUAUGGGGGAGGGAGGAGAUGGCGACGGCGACGGUGACGGAGAUGGGGACGGAGAUGACGAUCAUUCGGAGGACAACCUGGGCAGCGUAGGGGAGGCAGGCACUCCUGAGGAAGAUGAGUCACUGAGCAGUCCUGGAGGACUUUCGGCUCUUUCUAGUCUGGCCAGCCCGUCGCUGGUAUUGCCUUCGCCUUCGAGCUUAGCCAGCCCCUGUCCGUGUCCCUUAACACCUCCGGUGCCUCCUCCACCUUUGCCUCAGAUUCAAGCACAACCAGCGCCUCCUCAUCGGAACCCGGUCGGCACCAAUCCCCAUGACAUCAACAAUCCGCUCAGUGUGAACCAACUGACAGGACAGUGUAUAAAAAGUGAUGUGGGACCUGCCCCCUCGGGCCCAUCCAAUCCUGCUAUCAGUGUCACGUAGCCCUGGGCAGCCCCAAGUGACAAAACUAUAAUAUUCGGUGUCAUCGGGGUUCAACUACGUUUAAGUUCAGAAAGACUGGAUAAUCGUAACGUUUGAAACUAGCCUGUUUUUUUCCUCAAAAUACUUACGACUUCUUUGCUUUCCGCGAUUACCUUCUUGCUUUUGCUAACGGGCAUAGGGUUGAAUAUACUACAUUAAAAUCACCGGUGGUCUAAAGGUUAAAUUGAACUUCUGGCAUGCUAGAUAUGAAAAAGUACUAAUCGACCUAGUCCAUUUUUCUUUCAGCCUAUGAAUUAGGAAAUUUCACUUCUUGUUUAUUGCAAAAUUACGCCUGUGACAUAUUUUUUUCUACUCGAUUCUGACGGCACUUUGACCCCAAUUUUUUGGAACAUUUUAAAGUAAAUGAAUAGUAAGUUGGAAAAAAACAUGAUGACGAAUAAUUAUUUGGAAAAAUGUGUCCAAUAUAGUUUUGAAACACUUAUAGUUAUCCAGCCUUUUGCAAAUAUCCACUUGUAAAGACAGUGUCUAAAACAACCAAACACACACAUAUGAACAAUGUAAUGAUGAAAAUGAUGCAGAAAUACUCAGGACCAAGUGUCUGGCUGUAGUUAAUCGCUCGAUAUUCAACUGCAUUGAUGAUGAAAGACUUGAAGUGUAGUGUGAAGUGCGUAUACUGCAGCUCGUAGUCCUUGUUACGUUGUGAUGCCAAUGACUGACAUGUCAUGUUCCUGUGCCAGGUACUAUAUUCUAUAAAUAAUUAUAUCACAAGAGAAAACACAUAGAUAAAAGAAGAAAAUAAUUAAUUAAUUAAGUAAAUAGCGUUUAUCAUUCAUUUAUUCAACGUCAUUGUGUCAAAAUAUCUAUCUUCUGUAUGUAAUUUGUUAUUUUUUUAAAAGUCUAUACAAUUGAUUAAUUAGCAUAAGAUCUCUUUAGUGCGAAGUCGUUAAUUUAAGGCUGUUUUAGAAUAUCAAUCACCCCCCUUUCUUACCAUCUCCCAUCCCCCUUCAACUUGACGAUAAUAGCUAUAUAAUUGGCAGAUGUCUUACCGAUGUUGUAAGUUUUUCUUUUUUUUUUUUUCUUUUUGGGUUUUGUCGAAUUUACCCGUUUUGUUCACCAAAUCUAUCCGUGGAUCUCCGUAGCAUAAUAUUAUGGGCCAUAUCUAGAUAAAUAUUGACAAUUUAUCUAACGAAUCGGUGAUUUUGUGUAUUAAUUCAGAACAUCUUUCAUUCUAAUUCUUAACACAAUCAUCUUAUGAUACAGAGAUUAUUCCGCUUUUUGAUAGCAUUCGAAACAAGGUCUCGGGUAUUUUCAAAUAAUAAGAAAAUUCCCUGAAAGCAAAUUAUGAAAUUGUCUUGAAUUUCCAACAAAUGUACCUCUUUCGUUCGUAAUGUUACGUUAUUUAACGAAUUCGUCUGUAUUCGACGAUCGAACAGUAACUUCUGUAACAUUUCUUUGCAAUUUUUUGUUUUCUCUUAAAGUGUCACUGACAAUGUACAAGUGUGAGAGGAAUUUUCUGUUUUUCAUCUUCGUUCAGCAGUGCAAUGAACAUUUCUCACAAUACAGAGGUGUCAGAGAGAUAUUUCCUUUAACGAAAGAUUGGAGAUCCAAACUUUCCAUCUUAGGAUUCUCAAGGCUUUUGCAUUUUUACAUGAAAGAUAAUGAAAGAAAGAUUUUAUGAUAUCAAUGAUACACUCUACUAUUUUAUUUUAUUUUAUUUUUUUAUUUCAAACGAGUGUG